AGCGGUAAAGUAGCGUGAAGAAACGUUCGCUUCCAGACGCGGGGAAGUGGAGUAAGUCGAUUAAAAAAAAAAAACUGCAGAAAUGAAUACGAUUUAACAGUAAAUAUUAUACGUAUCUUCGCUAUCCAGCAUGAAGGGUUUCACACUCGUCGGAAAUGAACCAAUUUAUAGGAUGAAUAAAAGAAAGAGUAAUGUUCAGCAUACUGAAAAGCCUGCAAAAACCCGCAGGACAGAGGGCACGACACAUGGCCAAGAGGAUGAGGAGAUAGACGAUGAACCAAGCUUUUAUCAGGAGCACCAUUUCUCUACCUCGAGCGCUGGGGAUAUUGGUGUUAUUGAGAGCAUCACUUUGAAGAAUUUCAUGAGUCAUCACCUGCUUGGCCCUUUUCAGUUUGGACCAAAUGUUAAUUUUAUUGUUGGAAAUAAUGGAAGUGGGAAGAGUGCUAUCCUUACUGCUCUCAUUGUUGGCCUGGGUGGUAAAGCAACUACAACCAACAGAGGAGCCUCUUUGAAGAGUUUUGUAAAAUAUGGAGAAAGCUCUGCAGAAGUUACAGUAAAAUUGAGAAACAGAGGAAGCGAUGCUUAUAAAGGUGAUGUAUAUGGGGAUUGCAUCUCCGUUGAGCAAAGGAUCACCAGCGAUGGUUGCAGGACAUGCAAAAUCAAGAACAAAUCCGGGUGUAUUGUUUCUACUAAGAAGGAAGAGUUAACAGCAAUAUUGGACCAUUUCAAUAUACAGGUUGACAAUCCAGUCUCGAUCUUAAAUCAGGAAAUGAGUAAACAAUUUCUCCAUUCAAAAAGCGAAGCAGAUAAGUACAAGUUUUUCAUGAAGGCCACUCUGCUAGAGCAGAUGAAGCGAGACUACAUUCACAUCAAGCAGACCAAAGCUCUGACACGGGACCAGGUGGAAAGGCAGGAGGAGUGUCUGCGAGAUCUCAGGCAGUUGUUUUUACAAAAGAAAGAAAAGUAUGAAAGUCUAUCAACUCUUGAGAAAAUGAGGCAGACUCUGGAAGAUUUAAAGAAAAAGAUGGCGUGGGCUCUGGUGGUAGAAAAAGAGAGAGAAGUGCAGCAGCUGAAGGAACAAAUUGAUAAAGAACAGAAAGAUGAACGUAAUGAACAUAAGCUGCAGCUUUGUCGGAACAGAGUUACUGUUAUUGAAAAGAAAUUGCAGGAUAUCCAACAGAAGCUUGGAAAAGUGAAAGAGGAGGAUGAAUGUUUAGCAGAGGAAAGUCGAAAACUGAAAGAAGAGUCAAAGCUCAAGAGUAAAGAUCAGAAGAACCAGGAAGUGGUGUACUUUCGUGCUGAGAACAAAUUAAAACAAUUAGAAAAAGAGCAGUGCCUUCUCCGGGAGAGAAUUAAUAGAAUAAAUAAUAGUAAUGGGAGAAGGAAUCAUGAGGCAGAGCAGACACAGCAGAUGAAGAAAAUAUCUGCUCUGAAGAAGCAGCUGGAAAAACUUGAGACAGAGUCUACAACCCUUAAUCAAGAAAUCAAGGAGAAACAGCAGGCCCUUUUCAAAGGAAGGGAAGAAUAUGAUAAGCUAAGCAUGGAAGAAAAAAACAUCCAGGUCUCUCUGGAGUCCAAACUGAAGAGAAAGAACCAACUCACAGCCAGCAGAUCCAACAGACUGAGACGAUUUGGUGAUCGUAUGCCAGAACUAUUGGAGUCAAUAGACAAAGCACAUGCUCAAGGACGCUUCAUUAAGAAACCUGUGGGACCAAUAGGUGCAUGCAUCAGACUUAAGGAUCCGAGUUUAGCUGUGGCUGUGGAAAGUUGCUUACGGGGUUUCAUGAAAACAUUUUGUUGUGACAAUUACAAGGAUGAAAGGGUCCUACAGGAGCUGAUGUCUCCGCAUUUUCCUAAAGGCAGCAGACCGCAGAUUGUGGUGUGUGCUUUCGCAGACCAUGUUUACGAUGUUCAAAACCGAGGAGUACACCAUCCAGAGUUUCCAUCGGUUUUGGACACUCUCAUCAUUGACAAUCCUGUGAUCACUAAUUGUUUGAUAGACAUGCGGAGCGUUGAAUGUAUUCUUGUAAUCAAAGAGAAUGCUGUUGCCAGGAGAGUCAUGCAAAUGCAGAGGCCCCCUAGAAAUUGUCGUGAGGCCUUCACUGCUGAUGGUGAUCAGGUUUAUACCAAUCGCUAUUACACCCCUGAACAAGAAGUCAUGGUUAAAUACCUCGGUGGGGAUCCAGAGGCAGAAAUUCGUCUGGUGCAGUCAGAGGUGGAAAAUCAUCAGGCACAGCUCAGCAGGUUUCAACUUCACUUAAACUCAGUGAGGCAAGACAUUCAGUCCAUGGAGGAGAAGCUGCGCAGUGCCAAAAUAGCAUGCAAAAGAAAUCAGGAAAGUAUUAAUAGAGUGAAAGCAUCAAUAAUUGAGCUUGAGAAUGCUGAGGAGUCACAGACUGAGGAUGUCAGUUCACUGGAAGAAGAGAGUCAAGAAAAUGAGCAGAAAAUUGAGCUAGAGAGAAAAAAUGUAAAAGAAGCGAAAGGUGAACUGGAAAAGCAUAAUAAAGCAAUCAUAGACCUUGAUCGGAAAUACAAAGAUGUGAAAAACAAAAGAGAGCAACUCUCAGAUGAAACAGAGCAACUGAAGGAGGAGCAAGGGAAAGGUGAGGCUGAACGCAAUAAACUCGAACAGACCCUCGAGAUCUUGGAAGGGAAGCUCAAGACACAUCAGGAUCAUAUAAAAUCCAUGAGAGAGAACCUCACUUGCAGAGAAAAUGAAAAAGAGGACAUUGAAACAAAAGCCAAAGAAAUCUGCCCUGUACCACAACGGCCGGAUCGGAGUGCCAAGAGCAUCGACACAGAGAUCACACGUCUGCGUCAGAAGAUCACCUCACAAGAGAGCACCCAUGGCAAUCAGGAGCAAGUGAUCAGGGAGUAUGCCGAGGCUCAUAGUAAUUAUAAAAACAAAUCCAGUCAGCUGAGAGAUCUGAAGAAAUUUAUUGAUCGUCUGGACAACAUCAUGACUGACAGGCAGGCUCGAUACAAAACACUGAGAAGAUCCCUCUCGGUGAGAUGCAAGUUAUACUUCAACAAUUUCCUCAUCAAACUGCACUGCUGCGGAUCCAUGAUGUUUGAUCACAACAAUGAAACUCUUUCCAUUUCAGUGAAACCACCAGGUCGGGAGAAUGACAACGUGAAUGACAUGCGCUCUCUGUCUGGAGGUGAGCGCUCCUUCUCCACAGUUUGCUUCAUUCUGUCCCUGUGGGAGAUCACAGAAUCCCCCUUUAGAUGCUUGGAUGAGUUUGAUGUGUACAUGGACAUGCAUAACCGACGAAUCUCCCUGGACCUGCUUCUUGAGCUCUCUGAGCGCCAGCAUCUGCGACAGUUCAUUUUUAUCACACCUCUGACCACCAGCCACCUGCCGCAGAGUUCUCAUAUUAAAAUCCAUCAACUGCAAGAUCCAGAGAGAGAAACGGAGGCGGAGGAGGGACUGCACUAAGCUUUGUUGAGAAUGAAGGGUAUACUUGUAUAUUUCUUUUUUAUAUUUUAGAUGUUUAUGCAUUUAGUUUAUUUAUUAGUUUUAAUAUGCUUCAGCUGUUUUACAGAAAAGCUAUGUUAAAAGCUAUUUUAAUAAAAGCUGUUUUACAAAAAUGCUAAAUGUCAGAAAGCAUAAUUUAACCAAUUUCAUGUUCACAUCUUGUGUGUUUCCAUGCUCCCUGAUGUUAAAAAAAAAAAAAGAGAGAGAAAAGUUAGUCACAGGCCACUUUGGUCAAGAGUAGUGUCCCCUUUUUGCAACUGUAAUGUGUUUUUAUAAAUGCACAACUUAAGCAAACACUGUAUGUUGUGAAAACAGCCCAUAGACAGUUUAUUGAUUGGAAUCACAAUGUUGUCAGCGCAACCAUUACAUAGUGUGUUUAAGACAUGCCACAAAUAAAACACAAACAACAUACUGCACAAUCAAAUUUAAAUUUGAUCAUUCAUUUUCAUGUUAGAUACAGCUAUUUACAUGGAAAAGAUAUACACCUGUAAUUUUGGGAUUUACAAACAUUAUCAUUAUUUUCUACAAGGAGCUCGGGAGAUAAAACUGCGUAGCAUCCUGAGCCUUAUAGGACAUGCAUUGGCUUGAUGCUUUCUUUUUUUUUUUUUUUUUUUUUUU